AUGUCCCGCGAAAAAAUUAUGUCCCGCUUCAACGCCAAAAAUCGCGAGGAACGUAGACACUUCAACAACACUUCAACACAACAUUUUCUAUCAAACAUUGACCUACCUAAACAAGCUCGAUUGAAAGAAAGGAAAGCGCUACAAGUAAGAAGGCUUAUGGUUUUAUUAGCAGCACAGCAUAAAGCUGUUUUAAUCUACGCCGCAGAUCAAGCAACUAAAGGAGGGAAAGGAGCUACUAAGCAACUCUAUGCUAUACGGACCAAACCAAUCGCAUCUCAUCGCGUCGAUAUGCAUACCGAGAAAUCUCUCUCUAACUGGUUCUAUACCGAGCUUGUUCUUGCUAUCCAGUUCUGCGGAAUUGGGCUUAAAGAUAAGCAUAGAAUCGCAAAUAUAAAUGAGAAAAGCGCGCGGAUUUGUAUGCCGGCCGGAGAAGAAGUUAUCGUACCUAUCGGAAUCAAAGAGAUGUAUACAAGAAUCUGUGAAAAUCGACUAUUCGUAACUGUGAUCGAAGCUAUUCUUGCCGAUAGAAAAGCUAUUCCUCUAAUGAUUAUUGUGCCCGGAAAGCAAAUUAUAGCGUCUUGGUUUUCCGAAAAGAUGACUGGACAUAAAGUUGUCACUGUUUUCGAAUCCGGUUAUACGAACGAUAAGAUUACUAUAGACCGCCAACGCUUCGAUAUCGCGAAACAAGCACUCGAAAAAGUCAAGGCUAUAAAGAUAAAAAAGCAAGAAGCUAGUCUUAAGAUAGCGAACGCUAAACUCAAGUUAGCAACGAUUAAAAUUCGAAACGAUCGUUAUAAUCAAGGAGUUCUUGAUCGGAAAGCCGAAAAAGAGCGAAAGAAAUGGUUGAACGAAGCGUAUAAGCAACAAGGUCGAAGGAUUCUUAUACACAUUCUACCCGAACGAAAAGUCCUUAUUCGAGACCGCGAAAAGCAACUUAUAGCAAAAGAACUAGAAGCUGAUAAUAUUGAUUUGAUUUCUUUUCGAGACGCAAUUGCAAACGAAAAAGCUGCGUUAAAAGAAGUUCAAGAAAGAGAUCUUGCUACAUUCGCGGACCUUUCGUAUUCAAUCGAUCUUCAAAUCCUUACAAAAGAAAAACGCUUUCGAAUUAGACAAAACCUAUUAUCUUGCAUUCAAAUUAGCGAUGACGACGAAGAUGAAAGAUUAAAUACCUUACUUUCGUCUCCUUUAGCAAAAAUGAUGCUUACUAAGUAA